CAAAAAUACUGAUCAUUCUUAUAACUUUAAUCCUGAGGGUGAGAUUAGACUGGUCUUUGCUUUAGCUAAGAUGGGAUACGUUCUCAAAAGCAGUCGAAUUAAAUCGUGUUUAUUGGGUUAUCGAUUUGUUCCUCUGGAUGGAAGUAGAUUAACCUUUGUUCUAGUGAAGGAUGAAAGUAGACUAGCCUUUGCUUUGAAUAAGGUGGGAUACGUUCUCGAAAUAGUCAAACUAGAUUAUAUUCAUCGG